GUUGACAUCAGGGUAAUCUCUUCCUCCUUUAGAAACCUGCAAGUUGCGGCCACAUAUUUACGAGAGGGAACUAAAGCCGACUGUCCCGUCCCGGACACCGAUCUGUCCUCAGAGGUGCAAAGAUGAACUGCUGUGGUCUGCUGACUGCCCAGAAGGAACCAGUUCCUCUGAAGAGUGUGGAGGUGGAGCUGGAGGUGAGGGACCAUGUGGCUACUGUGGUCUCCACUCUGAACUAUGAGAACAAGGAGGACAAACCGAUAGAGGCUGUUUUUGUCUUCCCUCUGCCUGGAGAUGCUGCUGUGUGUCAUUUCAGUGCCACGAUUGGACAGAAACAGAUUGUAGCUGAGGUGAAGGAGAAGCAGGAGGCUCGUGAGGAUUACGAUGACGCUUUGAGCUCCGGUCAGCAGGCCUUCCUAUUGGAGGAGAGCGAGCAGAGUCCGGACAUCUUCUCUCUGAGUGUGGGCAGUCUGCCUCCAGGAGAGAGCGCCUCCAUCAGGCUGGAGUACGUCACAGAGCUGGCUGUGCAGGCUGAUGACGGGCUGAGGUUCUGUCUGCCCGCUGUGCUCAACCCUCGCUACCAACCUCAGGGAAGCGGAGACAGUGAAGGUGCCAGUGUCCAGGUGACCUCUGUUCCAGCCUCUCUGGUGCCCUACGGUCUGUCUUUCUCUGCCCGAGUGUCCUCUCCUCGUCCAGUCUCUAAAGUAGAGUCCAAGUGUUCCCUGGACCCUCUGCAGUACCUCAACACAGAGCAAACCCAGGCCACGGUGAAGUUGGCUGCAGGACACAAGUUUGACAGAGACGUUGAACUGCUGAUUUAUUACAAAGACGCCCACCAGCCCACUGCUGUGGUGGAGGCAGGACAGGCCUCUGCUGAGCCCGGCUCUCUGAUGGGUGAUCCAGUAGUGAUGCUGAGUCUGUACCCUGAGUUCCCAGAGGCUGUGAUGUCUUCAGUCUCCUCACAUGGAGAGUUUGUGCUCCUAUUGGAUCGAUCUGGAAGUAUGGAUUGUAUUACCAGUGACAGCAACGGGCAAGAAAGUCGCAUUGGCAGUGCCAGGGACACUCUGCUGCUCCUGCUGAAGAGCUUACCAAUGGGCUGUUAUUUCAACAUCUACAGUUUUGGGUCCAGCUACGAGCACAUCUUCCCUAAGAGUGUGGAGUACAGUGAGAAGACCAUGGAGGAGGCUCUGAAGAAAGUCGAGGCGAUGGGCGCGAAUCUGGGAGGGACGGAGAUCCUUGAGCCCCUCAAACACAUCUACAGCCAGCCCUGCAUUCCCGGUCAGCCUAGACAGCUAUUUGUCUUUACUGACGGCGAGGUGGGGAACACCAAAGAAGUUAUCAAUGUUGUGAAGCAGAAUUCAGGUUCCCACAGGUGUUUCUCUUUUGGGAUUGGGGAGGGGGCCAGCUCUGCUCUUAUCAAUGGCUUGGCCAAAGAAGGAGGAGGUCACGCUCAGUUCAUCACAGGAGCUGACAGGAUGCAACCCAAAGUGAUGCAGUCGCUGCGAUUUGCUCUGCAACCAGCCGUGAAGGACAUCUCAGUCACGUGGGAUUUGCCAAAGGGAGUCUGUGCCGCUGUCCUCUCUCCACCAAUCACAGCACUUUUCCACGGUCAGAGGUCACUGGUUUAUGCCCAGCUCACUGGACAGAGCUCAGAGGCAGCAGAGGGCUGUGUGACAGUGAAGUACAGCCUGGCAGGUCAUGCCUCUGAGAGCGAGCUCCACUUCAGUCUCAAACCUGCAGAGGACACUGGAUUAACAGUCCACAGGUUGGCUGCUCGGCUUCUCAUACGCUCCCUGGAGAUGGAGGAGAGUGAGGGUGGAGAGGAGCAAGACAGAGGAGUGAAGAAGAAGGUGGUGGAGCUCAGUGUCCAAUCAGGAGUGAGCAGUGCCUUUACGGCCUUCGUUGCUGUCAACAAACAUGACGGCGAGGCGAUUCAAGGACCUCUGGUGCACAGAGAUGUUCCAGCACCCAUGUGUGGUGGUGGAAUGAUGUAUAUGCAGUGCUGUACGGCGUCUUUUGCCUUUUCAGACUUAGAUUAUGACAAUGCCUGUUUGGACCUAGAAGAUCAAGUGCUAGGCGAAGCAAUGUAUACUAAUGCAGCAUACAGCCUCUGUUCGGACCAAGAUCAAGAGCAACACGCAGAGAUGUCCAGUGAUGAAGACUUAUAUACUGAGGAGGUUCAAGUCCCUGUUCCCAAACAGUCUCGCAGAGACCCUUUGCUGAGGUUGGUCUCCCUCCAGAAGGCGUCUGGCUGCUGGGUGCUAGAUCCAGCUCUGGCUGCAGCCCUGGGAAAGACCAGCAAAGAGGUGGAGAACACAAAACCUUCAGCGGUGAACCAGGAAGUGUGGGCCACAAUUCUGGCUCUGAUCUGGCUUCAUGGUUUCAAGAGGGAUGCUCAGGAAGAGUGGGAGCUUCUGGCUAUGAAGGCUGUGUCAUGGCUCCGCGCUCAGAAUGCAGCAUGUGUGGCAGAGUGUGUGGAAGCUGGAAAUGCUGUGUUGGGAUGUGAGGUGCAGAAAGACACCCUGGGACUCAGCUUUUCAUCCGAGGGGUUUCUCCUUUAGGAUUGGCAGAAGCAGAUUCACUUCAUCCUGCAACCUUCACACUGCACGUUACUGUUUACAUCAUCUACUGUUACAAUAUUGUGUGCCUUAGCAUAGAUGCACUGAGCUUCAUCUAUCCAGGAUCAGCCAUGUCAUAAGAAUUGUUUCAGUGUUGCUUUGUAUUGGAAAUUGCUUCAGUUAAAGAGAAUAAAUAAAGUUGAAGAUUUUAAACUUCA